CUGUCUAUUUACUCAUCUUGUCUACUUUGAUUUGUUAGUCACUCAACAAUAACAACUGCCUAGUUCAUUUAUACACUCCUAUAUUUUUUGUAUAAUAUAUAUAUUUAUUAUUUCUUGUUUUCUCCUUCAAUCUAGAUAUGAAACCCUGAAACCCUUUUGUUUUUUCAGGGUCUGAUUCAUUUCUGCAAAUUCUUUUUAUUACAGAGUAAAGGUGCCAUUUUUAUUUUUUUUGGGUUUUGUUUUUGCUGCAAAUGGAAGUUGCCCACCAAGUGAAAUCAAGAUUCUAAAAAGGGGUUGUAGCUUUCUUGGGGGAUUGAGCUGAUGCUGAAGAGUAACUUCUGGUGAUCUGAGGUGAAACAUGACAAUAAUGAAGUUCUAUCGCUGCAUACACUCAACAAGCUGUGUGUGCACAAAAGCACAUCUAAGUGAAGAAGUUAUUUUCUUAAUUCUACAACAUAUGAACUGGAAUCCUAAGGUGAUUGCUAGUCUCUCUUGUGCAUGCAAAUGGUUUGAUGAUCUUGCAAAGAGAUUAUUUUGGAAGGAAUUUUGCCGGACAAGAGCUCCAAAAAUGAUGCUUGAUCUACAAUCUAGUGGCAGUCAUAGUGUUGAUGGAAACUGGAGGGCAUUAGGGAAGCUGCUUAUCAUUUGUUCAGGAUGCACCCGGGGUGGCUUGUUCAAUAACUAUGAAAUCCCUGAGCACUUUGUUUAUAAGACUCGUUUUUCUCGGACCUCAGGGAAAAGCUUUCUUCUACCUCAGUGCAGAUCAGAUGUUUUGUAUGUUUCUGACCCUUGUGAACAUCUUGACCAAGGGGAUGAGGGAGAUGUUGGAAUGUUUAGAGGUGUCUUCAAGUCCUUUGCAUCGUCCAACGUUCGAAGGAUGCUAAUCAGAAGAGGGGCCAAAUUUCAUCCUACAGAAACUUGCCCAUAUUGCAAGGCAAAGUUAUGGAGCAUGCAGCAAGCGAAUAUGAUACCACAAAGUGCUAGCAGCAGGUUAGGAGCUUAUGAAGAUUGCAUUGAGUAUUAUGUGUGUCUCAAUGGACAUGUUCUUGGAGUUUGCACCCUCUUGCCUUUAUCUGAUUCAGAAGAGGCAUCUGAAUUGGAGUAAUACACUUAUGGAACCUAGCUAUCAUGUUGUGAAGGUAUAUGCGUUCUAUGACCUCAGAAAAUUUGAUUGAACAUUCCAAUUCACCGGGGUGUAGGUUUCAGUCAUUUGGCAUAAUAUCACUAAAUUUGUAAAUGAUACCAGUCCAUUUAUAUGAACAUCCAUAAAAUUGUAAUUCCUUUGAUAUAUUGCUAUCUAUUAUUGAA